UCUCAGUCAGCGCCCAAACCGCACAACAAGAGCAGAGGACGUUCAUUCGCGUCUGCGGUAGUGACCGAGGCCGUUCCUUUGCCGCUCUCCCCGGCCGGUACACCGACCUCCCAGACAGAUCAGCGGCAGAGUUGCGCGCCGCUCCUCCCGUUCUGCCCGCCAGCCAGCAGCCCCGCGUCGUGCCGCUCCGUUCCGCGCCGGGUCGGUCCGGUCGCUGCUUCCUCCUCCUCCUCCUCCUCCUCCUCCUCCUCCUCCUCCUUCUUCUUCUCCUCCUCCCCCUCUUUGGAGAGCAGGUUAUUCCCUGGAAGCUGGAUGAAUUAUUGGAGACUUGUGAACAAGUGCGAGAAGAACGCUGAGGCUCCGGGAUCUGCCUUCGCUCCGUCCAGGGAAGACAAGACUCCGCCAGAGUUGUGGACGAUAAUGGAGGGGACGUCCCUGUAUCUUCCUAUUGUUAUUUUACUGAUGCAAUGUUCUCCCUCCGUUCCCGUCACCGUGUCGACCAACAGACAUAAGGUGGAGGUGCGCGAGUUCUCAGAUGCCGUGCUGUCCUGCAUGUUCCGCACCGAGAAAGACCAGAACCCACGCAUCGAGUGGAAGAAGAAGGGGAAAGAUGUCUCCUUUGUGUACUAUAACGGACACUUCAGAGGUCCCUUCGAGGGCCGAGCCACCAUCGACGGGGCGACGGUGACGCUGCACAGGGUGACCCAGGAAGACGCUGGAGAGUACCGAUGUGAGAUUAGCGCUCCUCUGGACUCGGUCAGCCUGGGCGAGACCAACGUCACGCUCAAAGUCCUAGUGCCGCCACACACUCCGUCCUGUGAAAUCCCCAGUUCAGCAGUGACGGGCUCAGUGGUGCAGCUGCGUUGUAGGGACCAGCAGAGCAUCCCACCUGCAACGUACUCCUGGUUCAAGGACAACCAGCCAAUCAGCCCACCCCGCCACGCCAACGCCACCUAUCUAAUCAACUCACACACCGGAGUGCUGGAGUUUAAAGCCGUAGCCAAAGAGGACACCGGCCGAUACAGCUGCCUGGCGUCGAACGGAGUGGGAUCGCCCAAGAUGUGCGAGGGCAAACACAUGACAAUAGAGGAUGUAAACAUCACAGCGGUGGUAGCAGCGGUGGUGGUGGUCUGCCUGGUGGUGCUCGUCUGCGGAUGCGGGGGUUUCCUCCUCCACCGUAACGGCUUCUUCACCCCAGGACACAGAGGAAGGUCAUUUUGGAUCUCCCAGUGUCAUGGUGCAGCCCACAUCAGCAGCCAAACCCUGCACAGAACUGAAGACACGUCCAAUGUCAACUACAUUCCUCCACCCCAAGAGCCGCAGGACUUCAAACACACGCAGUCAUUCAUGCUCUGAGAAGCUGGCCUUUCUCUGAGGAUAAAUCACCCUUUGUGAUAAGGUGCCAACACUGGACUGAUUUAUUUUUCUCUCUCUGGACUCAGAUUGAGCUCUUGAUCUUCCAAUAAAUUUCAAUCCUCCUCCUCCUGACGCUUCUUCAAGCAAAUUUUUUUUUCUUGCAAGGCCUCCAGCUCUCAUGCUUUGCUGUGUAGUUUUGCCUCUUUUCACUCACGUCUUUAUGGGAUUAAGUACAGUUUCAUGGUACUCUGCUCCCCCCUGGUGGUCAGACGUUGAACUCCAUCUUCUCUGACCGAUCCAGGGACCAGUAGAUGUUUCUACACCUUUUGUUUCUCCCCUCUGCAGGUCAGCUUUAGUUUUUUAAACCCUUGUUUCUUUUUUACCAAAAACUGAUUUUUCUUCUUUUACUUUAAAUUUGAAUCACCACAGGGGAAAAUCUUAAAGCCAUAGGGAAAGAAUCUCAGUUCAAUCUACUAAAUGCAGUUUACCUCAGUCAGUAUUUUGUCUCCUCCAGCACUGGGGCCACUGAAGAUCCUCAUGAUCUUAGUAACAACAGGAAGCCAAUCGUACCAAGAGACCGACCCCCAUUCCAUCCUAAUGUGCCUGCAUGGUCUUUUUUAUAAAUAUAUAUACUGUAUACCUUGUGCCUUUUUAAUUUGUCUGUCAUAUUUAUCUAUGGAUCACAGUUUUUUGUAAAGAACUUGCCUUACUUUUUUCUGUCUUUAUAUUUUUGUGCCACUCUUUAUCAAUGUUUAUCUAACGGAGUGUCUGUUUUUAGACUGUGUGAAUGAAUUGUUCAGAGUUUUAUUUGAAUGGUGUAUCAGUAAUAAAAGGUUUUUCUAUUCAAAGCCAA